CGUCGUGCGCUUUAUGUAUUUGUUUUGUUUUCAUCGAAAAGUAAACAAAUAUAAAAUAAAUAAUCCAAACUUGUAGCUUAUAUUUAAAAGAAACAAGAUGCCGCUAACUGCAGAGAGUGCAGCACAACAAAUUCAGGAUCGCCUGAAAGAUAUUCAACAACAUAUUCAUAUUGUGGACGAGGAGCGUCGCCGGGCAGAAAACUCCAUUUCCAGCUUGGUGCGAUCUCUACAUGCCACCAAUCAGAAGGUGAAACCCCUGCUCAAAGCCAGUUUGAUGGAAGCUGCCCAGGAAGAGGCCACAAUUCGUGCUGCCUUGGCCAAGAUCCACGAGAUUCGUAGCAUUCGCAAUGAAAGGCGCAUUCAAGCUCGCAAUGCUGGAAAUAAGGAGGCCAUUCGACGAGGAGCCCUUAUGAAAAUGGUGCAAUUAUCCGCACAAACACUGCCUUUAUUCGUGGGCAAACUAGGAGAGCGCGCCCCGGCUUUAUGUGGAGCGAUUCCCGCCGAAGGAAACUAUGUGGCUAAGGUUGGCGACAAUGUGGCUGCUUUAGCGAAAGGAAUAGACGAGGAGGAGAAUUGGAUCCUGGCGGAGGUUGUGCAGUUCCUGCAUCGCCAAAACAAGUACGACGUGAUCGACAUAGACGAGGAGCAAAAGGACCGUCAUGUGCUAAGCAAGCGAAAAGUCAUUCCGCUGCCUUUGAUGCGCGCAAAUCCCGAAACUGAUGGUCAUGCUCUGUUUCCAAAAGACACGGUAGUCAUGGCACUAUAUCCACAGACUACUUGCUUUUACAAGGCCAUUGUCCACCGUCUCCCACAAACUGCCACCGAGGACUACGAGGUCCUUUUUGAAGAUUCAUCUUACAUGAAUGGUUAUGCCGAGCCCUUGCCGGUGGCCCAACGGUAUGUGAUUGCAUAUCGUCCCACCAAAAAAGGUGCUGGCAGUGGCAGCGGAAAUCUCUCAUCAGCUUAGAAUGCCAAGUAAUAUUUAUAUCCAUAUAAUUAAAUUUAAAAUAUAGUUGUGGAUAAGCCUUCCCAAUAAUUAAAACCGUUAGUAAACAAUCUUUCAA